GCGACACAAACACAUCCAAUCUGGCAACCCUGAGCUCGUGGCUUUUCUGCUCUGCAAACGUGCACCGUUGCGAGACCAAACGCACUGCCGUUGACCGCGCGCGCGCUCUCUCCUCGGCGUUACACUGAACAUCCCGUGUUUAUUGUUUUCUGUCCGCGUUGAACAUGUCGCUGAUGGAGGAGUACGCGGAAGAGGAGUACGAACGCGCGCCCAAGCGCCUCAAAACCUCGGAGGUGGAGGAAGGAGAGGAGCUGGAGGAAGGCGAGGACUCGGACUCAGCAUCCGCCGGGCUGCUAGGAGACGAGGAGGAGGACACGCGGCGCUCCGGGGGGCAGGACCGGGCCCGGUGGAGCAGCGCGAGCUACACCACUAAACCGGUCCGGAAGGACAAUGGGGAUGAGACCCACAGGAUUGCGCCAUCCCCCGUGGUCCAUGUUCGGGGACUGUGUGAGUCGGUGGUGGAAGCUGACCUGGUGGAGGCCUUGGAGAAGUUUGGAAACAUCUGCUACGUGAUGAUGAUGCCGUUUAAGAGGCAGGCGCUGGUGGAGUUUGAGGAUGUAGAGAGCGCUGACCGCUGCGUGGGCUGUGGCUCCAGAGAGGCCGUUUACAUCGCAGGACAGCAAGCCUAUUUCAACUACUCCACCAGCAAGCGCAUCACACGGCCCACAAACGCAGACGACCCCAACAGUGGAAACAAAGUGUUGCUGCUCUCCAUUCAGAACCCACUCUACCCCAUCACUACAGAUGUUUUAUACACAGUGUGCAACCCUAUCGGCAACGUGCUACGCAUCGUCAUCUUCAAGCGCAACGGGAUUCAGGCCAUGGUGGAAUUCGAAUCAGUCCAGAAUGCCCAGAAGGCCAAAGCGGCCCUCAACGGAGCCGACAUAUACGCCGGCUGCUGCACACUGAAAAUCGAGUACGCUCGGCCCUCACGCCUCAACGUCAUCAGAAACGACAACGACAGUUGGGACUACACCAAACCCUUUUUGGUCAGACGAGAACGUGGUAAAGGUAGACAGAGGCAGGCCAUCCUGGGGGAGCAUCCGUCCUCGUACAGCGACAACGGUUACGGGUCACACUGCCCCCUGCUGCCUCUGCCCAGUAACACCAGGUUUAAGAGGAGUUCCCACGAGGUGCCCGACGUUGUGGCGUACCCUCUGCCCCAGACCUCCUCCUACGUCGGCCACUCCUCCAGCUCUGUUGCCAUGGUGAGCGGCCUGCAUCCCACCAAGAUGAACUGCACCCGCAUCUUCAACCUCUUCUGUCUCUAUGGUAACAUUGAGAAGGUGAAAUUCAUGAAGAGCGUGCCUGGAACGGCCCUGGUGGAGAUGGGCGACGAGUAUGCAGUCGACCGUGCCAUCACACAUCUUAACAGUAUCAAAGUCUUCAGCAAGAGGCUUAACGUAUGCGUGUCCAAGCAGCAUGCAGUCAUCCCCAGCCAGGUCUUUGAGCUGGAGGACGGUUCGAGCAGCUACAAAGACUUCGCUAUGACUCGCAACAACCGCUUCACCAGCGCUGGGCAGGCAUCCAAAAACAUCAUCCAACCUCCUUCAUGCGUGCUGCACUUCUACAACGUCCCUCCAUCCAUCUCUGAGGACGACCUGCAGAGGUUAUGCACAGAGCAGGACGUGCCCGGCUUCAUCAAGUUUAAAGUGUUUGAUGCCAAACCGAGCUCCAAAACCAUCUCCGGCCUCCUGGAAUUUGACAGCAAAACCCACGCAGUGGAAGUUUUGACAGUACUGAAUCAUUACCAGAUCAGAAUACCGAACGGCUCCAAUCCCUACACCCUGAAGCUGUGCUUCUCCACCUCCUCCCACCUGUGAACAGGAACCGAAGAUGCACACUUCACACCAUCGCGCUGUUUACAUUGGACGGAGACGACGGGAAGAGAAGGCUACAGAGCGUAAGGCGAGAAGAGCAGAGCGAGAGGGAUGACACACGCGGUCAUCGCCCUUAGCAUGAGGACUUCAAGCGCAAAACACUCAAGAAUCGUUUCCUCCUUCUACUUUUUUUUUUUUUUUUAAAGACUUUAAAGUGUUUUCUCAUCACAUUCUGGUACAACCAGAAAUUGACCGACUUUAUGAUAAUGAUGUCAUCUCACCCCAUGGGCAAACAAAAAACACAAAAACACAAAAACAGAACACGAAACGAACAUGGACGCCUUUUUAAUUUGUGUGUUUUCGUCUUUAACUAUUCUUUGAAACGGUUCAAAUAAACUGUGUGCUGCAGAGAACACAUAAAAGACAAUAACGGAUGAAUUAUUGUUAUGCUGACAAUACUGACGUGGAGAAUAGACGUAUAAUGAGAGGCGCGUGUGUUGAUAUAGAGAGAGACAUAGAGGUAUCUGGCAAAUAAGGAAUCUGUUCAUAGACUGUAAUUUAGAUCCUUCUGUAACAUUGUCGUGUAUAGAUGCCAAGGCAUGAAGAAUCACGAGAAUUACUGGCACACAUGGUGGCCUUAUAAGCCGUUAGGUUGAGAUUUGCAAAAAUGUUUAGUUGUGUUACUAGUUUUGCUAGUCGGGAUCGUGUGUUGAAGGCUUUAUUAGAUUUAGGCCCCUGAGAGUCUGUGCUUUAAAGGGUGAUUAGAAUAUUAUUGCUAAAAUUAUGGUGGUGGUUGUAGGGCACACUGUCGGUCCACAGCUAGAAUUCAAAAAAUCCUGCUGCGUAACCUCUUAUCUGGCUGAAAAAGGAUACGUGACAAAUUUCAUACCCAUCACACAAGGCAGCCUUUAACUCUUCCAAAUGAAUUAUUUGAAUGAUGGCAAUAAUUAAACUACAAAAUCAGAAAUGUUCCCAAUGCGAAGACUUGAAUCUAGCUUUGGAUCACAGCAUGUCAGACAGAAUACAAAGAUCACAUGUGCAGUGUUCUCAGUUUAUUCUCACUUGUCCAUGUGUAUAUUUGGCACGUCACACCAUCUGCGGUUCACUGUGAGCAUGUCCAGCCAUUAAACACAUUUGCCAGUUGA